AAAAACCCACGGCCAUGGCUACCAACUCUGAUGAUAACAACAACAACAAACGCAAAGAAAAUGAGAUUAAUGACGAUGUUUCUGGGUCACCCUCUUCGACCAGUGCUGACCGGGGCAGUGGUCCCAGCUACCUCAUCGUACGCCCAGAAAAGGGUGGAAUAGGGGACUUGUAUCGCUACCUGGUGCGUGCCGACACAGUGAGCGGGCUGAGAUUCAUGGAGGGUUCCGACGAGGGACUGCUGGGUGCUGCGGCGGCCGACCAUAGAUGGGUCAUUCUGGUAUCCAUCAUUGUGCGCAAAAUCGUUGCAUUUUUUCGCAAGCCCAUGGAGUGGACUGGCUAUGCCGUCGACUUCUUUCUCAAUCUCCUCUGUCUCAACGGCAACCUCUUCGGUCUACUCUGCAACCUCUUACAUGGAAAAUUAGUCGUGCCACAGCGGGAGACUGAGACUUUCAUAAGUACAAUUGGACAUUUAGAUGGGCGGGUGGACCUAUACAAGGGCCAAAGCUUACUGCAAGAGAAUGGUGAUCACUCUGUUUUGGGAGAGAGAAGCACAAAAGUAGAAAUGGGGAAUCGGGCUCUUAUGGACCUUUGCAUCAUGGCUUCCAAGUUAGCCUAUGAGAAUGCAGAAGUCAUUAGAAAUAUUGUAGUUCACCACUGGAAGAUGCACUUUGUGAAGUUCUACAACUGCUGGAAUGAUUUUCAAAAGGAAAUGUCGACCCAAGUUUUCAUACUCUGUGACAAGCGUGAAGACGCAAAUCUGAUAUUGAUCAGCUUCAGGGGCACUGAGCCUUUCGAUGCCGAUGAUUGGAAUACUGAUUUUGACUAUUCUUGGUAUGAAAUCCCAGAAUUAGGAAAAGUUCACAUGGGAUUCUUAGAAGCCUUAGGUUUAGGCAACAGAACUGAUGCUGUCAGCUUCCAAAAUCACCUUCAAGUGAAAGACAUAAGGUUCACCCCUUCAAAUGAUGUUGAUGGCACAUGCCCAUCAGAAGGCACAGAAUCAGUAUCCUCAAACACUGAUUCUGGCCUGGGACAAGGUGGAUGGGAUCAGUCUUCAAACUCAGAGGGGUCUUCUAGUGCUGACACUAAGAAGAUUCCACCAAAAAUGGUGGAGAUGACUGCAUACUAUGCUGUAAAAAGUAAGCUCAAGAGCUUACUCAAGGAGCACAAGAAUGCAAAGUUUGUAGUCACUGGGCAUAGCUUAGGUGGGGCGCUUGCCAUAUUAUUCCCAACAGUGCUUGCGUUGCAUGAGGAGGAGGAGAUUAUGCAAAGGCUGUUGGGUGUAUACACAUAUGGACAGCCCAGAGUUGGGAACAAGGAGCUGGGGAGUUUCAUAGAAGCCCAUUUGGAUUAUCCGGUCCCUAAGUACUUCAGGGUGGUCUACUGCAACGACCUUGUGCCAAGGUUGCCUUACGAUGACAAAACCUUCUUGUAUAAACAUUUUGGAGCGUGCCUAUACUAUGAUAGCCUAUACAUUGAAAAGAACAUGGAUGAGGAGCCAAACAGAAACUACUUUGGAAUUAGAUACGUGAUACCAGAGUAUCUGAAUGCCAUUUGGGAGUUAAUCAGAGCUUUAACAAUGGGCUACACCCAUGGACCAGAGUAUAAGGAAGGCUGGUUUUCCAUAUCGCUCAGGGUAAUAGGACUGGCACUUCCUGGCAUUUCUGCACAUUCCCCUACCGAUUAUGUCAACUCUGUGAGGCUUGGAAGGGAGAGCAUUAUGCAGAUGUCCUCCCUCUAAUAAAAUUUUCUUCUGCCAUAAUGCUUGUCAUAGUGUAGAUUAAGAAUGGAGUCGGCUAGUCAAGAGGUCAGAAUAAUGUUGCUUUCUCGAGUUUUUGAGCCAACGUCAAAGGGUUGCUACAAAAUUCCUUUCAGGUUAGAUACUUCUUUACCAACUCAUUUCCAGUUUCAUGCAUUGUCUUAGUACGACAACCUGAUUGUCAGAACAAGCAAUAAUGAUGUUGGUCUGAGAGGUAUCAACAAUCAGGGCGAAGUACUAGAUAUAGUAUUAUUAUUAUACUCCCUGGCAUAUAUGAGUGCUUUUGGCAAUAUAAUUCUGAGAUGGAUAAAAUUCUGAUAAAAAUAAAUAAAUAUAGCAAGUAGCUUUAUUUGUCUGGGAGUGUCUGACUAUUACAUAAAAUCUCUGCAAACAAAAGUAGGAAUAUUGAAAGCUCAAGACAGAUUGUCCUCUUCUCUACAAAAAAAAUUGCAAUUGAGAUGCAUUAUUCCUGACUUUUUGGAGCCCAAAGAAUUGAGAACGCAGCAUACAUCACCAAAGCCAUUUCCAACAA